AUGCAGCGUUCCAGAGCGGGGAAGUUGAAGAAGUCUAUUUUUACGUCAUCUUCACCUUUGGAAGCACGUCUACUCCCUUCAUGUGCUUCUUAAGAAAGCAAUCCACCUAGGCCGCUAAUAGAAGACCCCUCAUCACGCCACAGUACACUUUGAAUCCCACCGGUUCAAGUUGUGUUAAUACGUGAUCGCACUUAUAUGAGAUCUGAUAUCGCCCAUUGAUCAACUAUCGAGGAUUCCACAUCCCUUCUUACUCAAAAACUAUUCUUUUACCACUAACUUAAUAUGAGUGAAGAGAAAGACCCCAUCCGAUACCAGCCCGGGAAAGGCGGGAGCUUCGAGCGCACCGAAGCUAAAUUCCGCAGCUUCAUCUCGAAAGAUACCAACUCCGACUUUCCAGCUGAGAAAGGUCGCUAUGCGCUUUACGUCAGCCCAGGGUGUCCAUGGUGCCAUCGGGUCAUGAUCGUCCGCGCUCUCAAGCGCCUAGAGGACGUCGUAGACCUCUACAUCGCCGACAUGGGCAUGGGCAAGGAAGGCUGGCACUUCACAGACAGCCCCGAGGCAGCCAAAUUCGGCGUCCUCCCACGCGACCCUGUUUACGGUUUCAUGACGAUCAAGGAGCUCUACCUCAAAGCGAGUCCUGGCUACGACGGGCGCGUCACAGUGCCUGUUCUCUGGGAUAAAAAGGCACACACGCUCGUCAGCAACGAGUCUAGCGAGAUCAUCCGCAUGCUCUACACCGAGUUUGACCACCUCCUUCCCGAGGCGGAUCGCGAGGGGAGUAGACCCGGCGGGGGGCUGUACCCUGAGGUGAAGCGUAAGGAGAUUGAUGAGAUCAAUGAGUGGGUGUAUCACACUGUUAAUAACGGUGUUUACAAGAGCGGGUUUGCGUUUACACAGUCCGCUUACGAGGAGAACGUCGACGCCUUGUUCAAAUCCCUGGAUCGCUUGGAGGAUAUCCUCAAGGACCGGCCUUUUCUGACUGGCGAUCAUAUUACUGAGGCUGAUGUCCGCUUAUUCCCGACGAUUGCUCGCUUUGACGUCGCGUAUGUCCCGAUCUUCAUGUGUAAUCUGGGCACGAUCCGAAACGAUUACCCGAACCUGCACCUUUGGUUCAGAAGGUUGUACUGGGAUCAGAGCGGGAGGACGCAUGGCGCGUUCUUCAGUACGACGGAUACGUGGGUUUCGAGAUUUAAGGAAGGGUAUGGUGGUGCGAGGACGAGAGUGUUGGGGAUCACUGGGCCGCUUAUUAUUCCUAAGGGCCCCCGCGUUCUGGUUCACGAGCUUAAGGAGGAGGAGAAGCUGAAGGCAUCGUAAUUGUCUUCAUUACAGAGCCUGGAUUUGAAUAGAUAAUCAGGACUGUAUAAUUUCAGCACGACUGCCAGGUUACCUGGAUAUUGCGGUGAUUUCAUCGUUUCUGCCGCAUGUGUUAUCAGGCUGAUCGCUAUGUAUCACUGCGGCUAUCAUGUAUCCCAGAAGCCUCUCAAAUUUACCAGAAUUCCCAGUAA